AUGAAUAGCAAGAUCUCGUUGGCAACCGUGGCGAGACUGUUUGCUUUCAUAAAACGAGCCCUGGAUGUCAGCCCCAACACAAGCAGCACCAGCAGACCCAACACCAACAGCAUCAGCCGUCCCAACACUAGCCGCACCAACAACCCCAACAUCAGCAGACCCAAUAUCAGCAACCCCAACACCAGCAGACCCAACACCAGCAAUCCUAACACCAGCAACCCCAACACUAAUAGCACCAGCUAUUGUCCAACACUAAUAGCAUCCAGCUCGUGUCCUAACACGAGCAGCAACAGCAGCCUCAACCCUAGCAGCGACAGCAGCCUCAACAGUAGCAGCAACAGUAGCAGCAACAGCAGCCUCAACAGUAGCAGUAACAGUAGCAGCAACAGCAGCCUCAACACUAGCAGCACCAGCAGCCCCAACACUAGCAGCAACAGCAAACCCAAUACUAGCAGCAACAGCAGCUCCACGACUAGUAGCAACAGCAGCCCCAAUACUAGCAGCGACAGCAGCUUCAACAGUAGCAGCAACAGCAGCCUCAACACUAGCAGCACCAGCAGCCCCAACACUAGCAGCAACAGCAAACCCAAUACUAGCAGCAAGAGCAGUUCCAACACUAGCAGCAACAGCAAACCCAAUACUAGCAGCAACAGGAGCCCCACGACCAGUAGCAAUAGCAGCCCCACGACUAGCAGCAACAGGAGCCCCAACGCCAGUAGUACCAACAAUCUCAACACCAAAACCAGCACCAGCACCAGCAACAAUCAAUCGAAGAUCAAAUCGUUUUCUCUUUGCAGACAGUUUUCCCAUGAACCUCUCAAGUCGUCAGUGUAA